GAGUCAGCAGUCUCCACUACUAUCAUGGGGAAGAGGGCUAGCGCCACUAACUGGCAAAGCUGCCCAGUGGUUUACGCUGAUCGUGAACUAGUGCAUUCUUCUGACACCAAGGCGGGAUAGGAGCAUCCAUGGAUCGUAUGGGAAGCAGUGGCAACUGCCGAGCCGCAAGCUCAGGUGGAGCUGGCUCUGGCCAAGGACUUGCCUCAGACCGGUCUGGGGGUGCUGGUGAUGACAGCGGUGGCGAGGAGCCGGACUCCUCCUCCUUGAGCCCCCUGUCACCUGAGCAACCACAGUCACAACAGCAGGCUCUCGAGGGCGACCUGGAGCAGUUCCGCCAGGAAUGGCGGCAAGACCUGUGCCGGUCUUCUACCAACCCAGCACAGACCACCCCUGGGGAACAGAAGACAACCACCACUGAGGUCACUUCCAAAACAGACAAGGCGGUGGAGCUGUACGUAGCCGCCAUGAAGCUGGAACAGCGGGGCCAGCUGUACGAGGCGACCCAGAAGUACCGGCGCGCCGUGCAGCUGGAGCCGACCGUCGACGAGGCCGUUCGGCGGCUGCUGGUCAGCCGACAGCGCCAGUUGGCCGUGCAACCGGACGGGAACGGUAACCUGGACCAGGCGCCGCCACAGGAGGGGGAGAAGGAAGAGCCGGACGCGGCGGACGGGGCGGACGUGGCGGCCGACGAGGGGGAAGAUGAGGAGCCGGAAGCCGUGCUGGCCCGGCUUCAGCAGAUGACGCUGGAGGACGGCCGCUGUUGUCAGCCGGCGGUGCCGCAGACGGACGUCCACAUCUCGUGCCUGCCCACCGAGGUCAUCCAGCUGAUCCUGCGCUGGGUGGUGUCGGCCGACCUGGACAUGCGAUCGCUGGACAGGCUGUCACUCGUGUGCCGCGGCCUCUAUCGGCUCUGCCGGGACCCAGCCCUCUGGAAGCGCAUCUGCCGCAGGGUGCUGGGCGCCGGCUGCGCCGAGGCCGGCCUGCAGACACCGUGGCGCGAGCUGUACUUGUCGCGGCCGCACCUGCACUUCCCCGGCUGCUACGUCGGGCGCGCCUCCUACAUCCGCAGCGGCGAGAACAACGGCUACCAGGACUCGAGCUACCGGCCCUGGCACAUCGUGCACUACCAGCGCUACCUGCGCUUCUUCCCGGACGGCGUGGUGCUGAUGCUGACGUCUGCUGACGAGCCGGUGCUGUCCAUGCCGCAGCUGAUCAGGCGGCCGCCGCGCUCCGGGCCGACCAUCAGCGGAAACUUCUGGAUCAAGGGCGACCUGCUGGUGGCGGUGCUGAUGUUGCCGCGCGACAACGGCCGGCGCAAGGCGACGCGCGCCAGGCGACGCGAGAACCUGCAGUACGACCCCGGCGAGUCGAUGAUGCACAUGGAGCUGAAGAUGCUACCCUUCCGGCUGAAGUGGCAGUCGUACCGGAUCAUCACGCGCUACACCAACGGCCGGGAGACGAUCAACACCAUGGACCUGGGUGACCAGUUCCCGCCGCUGGUGUUCUGUCCGGUGCGCAGUUACGCGGCCGUCAGCGAGGCGCCGCUCUGCUAGAGCAGCGCGCCGGCCAGCGAGGCGGGACCGACCCGCGGCAGCGAGGCGACGGGGACAGCCCCGCCAGGGGACCUGGUGGUGGGCGAGCGCUCGGCGGCGCGUUCCCCGGCGUGGAGCUCGCGGAGCGCGGCGCGCUGCUCCGUCUCUGAAGCGCUACGUCGGUGGUUGUCAGCUGUGGACAUGGCCCGACUCCGGCCGGGUAAUAAGCCGGUUCAGAUUCAGGAUUAAGGUCGGAUGAUCUGUGGCAGUGCGCAGCGAACCGACGGAGGGGCGGAAGGCUGUGGUUUUCGAAAUUUGAUUUACUAGGUUGAUCUUGGUUCAGGGAAUGCAUCUGACGUCUUAGUGCGGUUGUUGGAGUGCGUAGUUACUUGGGUGUUAGUAGCUUUAUUUCUGUUAAGUCGAUAUGAAUGCAAUGAAUGUUUGCCACGACUUUCGCGUGCUGUAGCGAGCGGACACAAAUACAACCUCUAACUGUU